CUCUUAACGCAGCCAAUGAAAUCCCAGCUCUGUGCGUUAUGGAUUGUAAACAGAAAAUUCUGCAUUGACGAAUUUUACUAUUAAAAUACCGGCGUACAGUACAGGACGCGAGUUAGUAUGUGCAAUGUCAGUCACGCAAAGGGACAUAAAUAACUAGGAACUGAGUCCCUUAGCCGGGUUUCUCCGUCUGAUAAAGGGAGAGAACACGUCUCAAGUACGGUUAUUUACUUUGUCGUCUGCAAGCUAUUCGGGUCUGGAAGGAGAAACCAAAAUUAAAGAUGGCGUUCGAAGCCUUCAGAACAAAUGGCGGGCCAACAUUUUACGAUGCUGUUCACAUUCCAUGGGAGGCUGACUUGCUAACUUCUGGUCUGAUCUUCUGCUUUGCCAUAUUGGCUUUUUCUUUUUACAUAAUCAUUCCUGGCAUUGUUGGAAAAGAGAAAAUAUUCACAUUUUUACGUAUUACCACAAGCCUGUACAUAGGCGCUGUUAUAUUAGUGAGUAAUUUUUCUAUGACGUGGGAGACUGCUAAAACCAACACAGUCACAAAAUACAAGGCGGGCACAGGUCAAGAGGUGAAGGUCGACGUUGGUGUCAAUAUUGGGUUCAGGGGCGUCAACAUCACACUGAAAGGUGAAAAAGACCAAAUUAAAGGAGAAACCAUUGAUUACAAUGAAAAUUUUUCUUGGGAAGGUCUGCAGGGCCGCUUUGGUUUUGGUCCUUUUGCUGGCAGGUUCAAUCAACAAUACAGAGCUGCCCAGUUAAGGGGUUUGCCGUUGCCCAUCCUGUGGAUUGCUGAGUACUUUACAAUUGAUGGUGAAGGUAUCAGAUGGGGGAGGCACUACAGACAAGCUGGGUGGUACUCACACAUCAUGCUGUGGCUGGCGUUCCCCUUAUGGAUUUUAGCAAACAUCCUGUUCUGUGUGCUGCUGCGGUACGGCGCCUAUUUCCUGAUGCUCACUGGUCUGUCUAUGGUCACCUCCAACAUCAUUUGGGCCACGCUCCGCAAUGUGAAUGACCUCAAGAUCCCCUUUACGGACAAAGAUAUUUUGGAAUUUUCUUAUGGUGGUUCCUUCUGGGUUUGUCUCAUAACAGGCCUGAUUUGCAUACUGUUUGGAAUAAUAAUAUUUUUGUUGGACAAACUGGCACCUUCACAAAUAGCCAUUUUCUUUGGGGUUGAUGUGUUGCAGGACUCAGAAAACAUUAUUGUUGAAGAGGACGAUGAGCCAGUGGCAUCUGACCAACUAAGAACUGCUAAACCUGGUGCAUCUAAUUCUGGGGCUAAUGGAGAUGCAGUUGAUGGCCACAACGAGGAUGAUGAUAAUGAUGAUGAUCUCUACGUGCCACAACAGCCCCUUGAUGAAAAUCAAACGCAGGUUCCAGACCGAGCUGCCCCAUAUAUUGUCAAGCGCCCGGUCGUUCCCAAACGUUCAUUUGGCACGUCCGAACACAGGAUCACUAAAAGGUGGCAGAGACCACGACGAAGGGAUCCACCUCCACGGCCACCCACUACAACUAUUACUGAGGAUCAGAGCGAUGACCUUUACCUUAACGCACCACCCAAACGAACCCCUGGACAGGAGCUCCACACCAUUGGCAACAGAGAAAGUUUGGCAGAGGAUGACUUGUAUGAGAAUUCAACUGUCGUUAAGAUGACCAGGUUCCAGUGAUUGUCCCAAGUUUCUGAUUUCUCUACAUCCACUUCUUGUAUUUUAAUUGACUAUUUGACCUGCUACUUUCAUGGAUGGACUUUA